AUGACGGAGGGAAUUUUAGAUGGAAAAAAAGGAAAGGAUUGGAAGAUCCAGGUCGGCGGAGAAGAAAUCGUGAUGAGAGAUAUCGGGAUAAAAGUCCUGCUAUGGGUGGACAGGUUCAAAGAGAUCGGCGACAUUAUCGUUCAAUACGAUCCGGGACAUGCUGCACUGCCGUGGGCGGGGUUUCGAUUUCUACUGAAGCUCUGCUUAGAUAAACAGGAAACGGCGGAAGCGAUCUUGGUUGGACUUGAGAAGACCGCCUGCAUCAUUGACCGGUGCGCAAUCUAUGAGUUUCUUUAUCUCGAUGAAGCAACGGCGGGGUCGGUAAACCUAGAGAAAUCAAUGCUCCGACUCUACACCGCAAUCUUAAAGUUCCUUGCCAAAGCGAUCAAGAGAUCGAAAGGUGAAUAUCCUUACCGGUCAUUCACUAUUAAUGUUGCCACUAAUCAUUUUAUCACCGCAGAUAGCCAUAUCAAGGCAGUAUUCACAACCGGAGAGACUUCCAACUAUCUGAACGAAGUCAAGGACUUGGAAGAAACGGUUGAACGAGAUGCCGCUGUCGCCGAAACUCAAUGUAUGCUUUCUGGCCAUGCUAACCUUCGAGCGCUGCUGGGCGAUAUCAACAUAACGACCUCACGCCUUGGCCUUCAAAUUUAUGCCAUACAAGAAAAAAUAGAAGGUUCCAGGAGGUCCGAAAUCUUGGGAUGGGUGUCCACGAUUCCCUACCUGGACCAUCACAACCUGAUCACGAAUGCGCGUGUAGAGGGUACCGGCGAUUGGCUCUUUCGCAAGAGGGAAUACUCUGAUUGGAGAUCAUCCAGCGUUUCGAAGCUGUUGCUAUUGCGGGGAAUCCCUGGAGCCGGCAAGACGUAUAUUGCAUCAAGAGUCAUCGAUUCUUUCCGGGAUUCGACGCCUGAGAGGCUUGCGUACUUCUACUGCAAUCGGGCUGAGGAGAACCGCCGGCAUCCGGAAAGCAUCCUAAACACGCUAGUUCAGCAGCUUACCCAGACUUUUGAAGACAACACACUCCUAAAGCCGGUCGUCGAUCUUUAUGAAGACCGUACGAAAAAAGGCCAAACAUCUUCGCGGCUGUGUCUAAGCGAAAGCCAGGAGCUCCUCGUUCAACUCACGGAUAUAUAUCCUCGGACGACUAUUUGCAUCGAUGCAUUAGACGAAGUCGAAAAAGGAGUCCGCCUCCACCUAUUGAAGGCGCUGAGGUAUGUGGUUGAACGAUCAAAGAAUUUAGUCAAGAUUUUCGCAACUACCAGGAUGGACCCAGACAUCGUCCGUCAAUUUGAGAUGUUUCCCAGGAUCGAAUUGCAACCCGAUGACAAUGCCAGCGACAUUAACCAGUUCGUAGAAACGAAGCUCCAGGAGACCAUCAAGUAUGGACUGCUACUUGGGGGGGAAGUUGACCAGGAGUUCAAAAAAGAAAUAUGCGAGGCCCUUUGCGAGCGAUCCAAGGGAAUGUUCCAACUAGCUGCACUCCAUAUCACCUCCCUCUGUGAUAUGUCCACUCACAAGGAUGUAAGAUGCAGUCUCAAAGCCCUUCCGAAAACCCUGAAAGAUGCCUAUACCGAAAUAUACAGCCGCAUUCUGGCCCAGGAUGGCAGCGCUCCUCGGCUGGCGAUCAAUGCCUUUCGGUGGAUUCAAUCUUCGUACGAACCGAUGGGAUCAGAAUCCCUACUGGAUGCGAUUACGGCGGAAGUCAGCAGCUCGGGUGAAUUUUCCCAUGAUACGGUGCAUGCGAGUGUCCUACUGAAAGCCUGCCAUAACCUCAUCAUCUUAGACGAAGGCCUGAACGUUUUCCGGUUUGCACAUCUUUCCGUGGACGAAUACCUGGAGACCCAG